UGUACCUUGUAUGUGUACGCGCUACUUAGCCUGCAGAUCGUAGACUUCAUGAUGUAAUGGUAGAUGCGCCGUGGGGGAUAAGGCGAUCCGCUUGGAAUGCGUAUAGAGUCAGAACGGUGCCUCGCUGAAUGUUUGCUUGCACAUUUUUCUCAGCUGGGUGGGAGUGGUUUGAGAGCGGCGGCCAUGGAUCGACCGAGCAGUGAAGGUGGCGUGACGAUUUUACCCGAAGCGUUUCUCGGCACGCGUCCCGCGUCUUGCCCAUUUACCUCUGCCAGCGACACGACCGCCAUCCCCUUUCACUCCUUCCACCAUGGCCUCCCUUGCACGGUUACGGACUGGCAUCGCCCGUGCGCGUAAAAUUCCCUUCGCCCGCACCCUUCAGACAUCAGCGGACUCAACCACCCUGCAGGAGGAUGCGUCGCACUCCGAGCCCUUCGCGGUCAAGCUCCACGAAGACUCCUUCCACAGCUACAGGACCGAAACUCCCGACCUCGACAUGACCGUGACGAAGGAGUCGCUCCUCAGGAUCUACAAGGAUAUGGCUACUGUCCGUCGCAUGGAGCAAGCCGCAGAUGCCCUCUACAAGCAGAAGCUUAUUCGUGGGUUCUGCCAUCUUGCCAUUGGCCAGGAAGCCGUUUCGGUCGGCAUGGCCAACUCCCUGACCCCCGACGACAACAUCAUCUCUUCCUACCGCACACAUCCCUUCGCACUGCUGCGCGGCGGCAGCGUCGUCGGUCUCAUCGGCGAGCUGCUCGGCCGUCAGUGUGGUAUCUCGAAGGGCAAGGGUGGCUCCAUGCACGUCUUCACGGAGUCUUUCCAGGGUGGGCAUGGUAUCGUCGGCGCACAGGUCCCGCUUGGCGCGGGCCUGGCGUUCGCGGCUAAGUACUUAGAGAAGCCCGUCGCGACGUACACCAUGUAUGGUGACGGUGCGAGCAACCAGGGUCAGGUGUUCGAGUCGUUCAACAUGGCGAAGUUGUGGAACCUGCCGUGUAUCUUCGUCUGCGAGAACAACAAGUACGGUAUGGGUACUUCCGCGGAGCGUAGCUCGUCCAACACCCAGUACUACACUCGUGGUGACUUGAUCCCGGGUAUCCAGUGCAAUGGUAUGGAUGUCCUUGCGGUCAUGAAGGCCGUUCAGCACACCAAGGACUGGGUGGUGAACGGCAAUGGACCCAUUCUCCUGGAGUUUGUUACCUACCGUUACGGUGGUCACUCGAUGUCCGAUCCUGGAACGACCUACCGUACCCGUGACGAGGUCCAGCGCAUGCGUAGCACGCACGAUCCCAUUCGCGGUCUCCAGCGCUACAUUGAGGAGUGGGGUCUUGCGAACGAGGAGGACAUGAAGAAAAUCGACAAGCAGGCGAAGGCGGAUGUCGACGCUGCUGUUGAGGAGGCGAAGGCUUCGCCGUUCCCUGAGGAAGACAAGAUGUGGACCGACAUCUACGCCAAGGGCACCGAGCCCCCGUUCAUGCGCGGUCGCGAGCGGGAGGAGAUCCACGUCUAUUGA